AUGGAAAAGGAGGAUGGUGGCCGAAAAUUGUGGCUAGGGGGGGGAGGGGGCGAGUGGUGGGCUGGCGAGAAACCUCUUAGGGCUGUUUUCCCGAGACUUUUUCAUUUGUGUCUUAAUAAAGAAGCUGUGAUCGAGCACUACGGGAGAUGGGAAGACGGGAAGUGGACCUGUGAUAUUAAGUGGAGGAGGGAACUAUUCGGGAGAGAUCUUGGGGAGCUUAAUACUCUGCUCUUGGCUAUUUCUCCUUUCUCUCUGAAUGCAGGAAUGGCGGACUGCUCCAAGGACGGAGUUUUCUCUACGAAGUCGGCAUAUUCCAUUCUGACGGAGACUUGGACCGAAAGCUCCAUGCCGGCCAAUGUUAAGAAAGCUUCCUCCAAGGUGUUGAAGGUCCCAGCGCCUCAUAAGCCAAAGAAUAUCCCGCUUGCGAUCGAGGAGAGCUACUGCACUUCGUGUGUAGCAAGUUUGGAGACAGCAAACCACCUGUUUCUUCUCUGCCCCAAAGCGGGGAAGGUCUGGGAUGAGAUUAAGAAAUGGCUCGGGAUUUUUACGACCCGUCCUCAAGGUAUCAUACAACACCUCUUUUCGUUUUCUAAUUUGGGAGGAGGAAAGAAGAGCUGCAAAUUCCUUAAAGCACUGUGGAUGUGUACUAUUUGGCUUCUUUGGAAAGGAAGGAAUGAAGGUCGUUUCGAAGGCAAGUUUGGUGCUCGGGUGAUUUGGUAUCGCUGUAGCUUGUCCUGUGUGGCUCUUUGA